AUGUCACAGGAUUCAUUUUUACAGAAGAAGAACCAAAUACUGAGUCAGAUCGAAACAACUUUGGGGAACGUACCAGAUAUCUCUCCGAAAGGUUCAAUCGAUGAGCUAUGUGUCCCGAUAAUGAACUUGAUCAAUAGUCAUAACGAUAUGGUUACUACUUCAUCUUGUUCUGGGAGAGUCAGUGUGUUUUUAGAAGGUGUGAAAGUGAAAGAUGAAGGUUCUAGUAGUAAAAUUGGUGGGAAAGGUGAUGGUGGUCAUUGGUUAUUUGUGGAACAUGAUAAAACAAAGAUUCAAGAUUGGCAUAAAGAUAAAUUUCAAUAUGGUCAAGUUCCAACUACCAGUGAUUUGAGUACAAGAUAUAUUCUUUUCAAAUUCGAACCAUUGAUCUUACAUGUCAAGUGUCGAAACUAUGAAACAGCAUCUGCCUUAUAUACCACUGCUAUGGGAUGUGGAUUUAGAGAAAGUGGUAUUGGUAUUAAUAACAUUGUUGCAAUUAGAAUUUCCAUCAAGUUGGAUAUACCCAUUGGUUAUUACAAUCAAGAAAAUGACACUCCAAUAGCUUUUGUCACUGAGGAAUAUUUGCAAAUGAUUACACAAUUGUCAUUGGAUCGUUUUGAAGAGAAUGAAAGAAGAUUAAAUAUGCUUUAUGAAGCCAUCUCAAAGAUGCAAGUCCAAGCUCCAAAGGAUUCGGAACAACAAGAGACCAAGGAACAAAGAAGGGAAAGAAAGAGAAAAGAAGGUCUAGCAAAACAGCAGCAGAAACAAGCACAAAUAGAACAAAUAGAAGCAACAGAACAAAAAACCACUGAAUAG